GCGAAUUCGGCUUCAGGAUUGGCAGUAAAUGACGAGUGCAAGCUGAGGUUUUUGGAGCUAAAAACGAAGCGCAAUUACAGAUUUAUCGUGUUCAAGAUCGAUGAGAAGGCGAUGCAGAUAAAGGUGGAUAGGCUCGGCCAGCCUGAGGAGAGCUACAAUGACUUCACCGGAUCUCUUCCUGCGGAUGAAUGUCGCUAUGCUGUUUAUGAUUUCGAUUUUGUCACCGACGAGAACUGUCAGAAAAGCAAGAUCUUCUUCAUUGCCUGGUCUCCGGACACCUCAAAAGUGAGGAGCAAGAUGUUAUAUGCUAGCUCUAAAGAUCGAUUCAAGAGAGAGCUUGACGGGAUUCAAGUGGAGUUGCAAGCAACAGAUCCCAGCGAGAUUAGCCUGGACAUUGUAAAAGGCCGAGCCUUCUAAAUGAAAGAACUGCUGGACUUUCAAUGAUUUUUUUUGAGCUAUUUUUAUGCGAUUAGGAAUGUUCGAUUCAUGGCAACAAUCUCUACCAACUUUUUAUGUUUUAUGUAUUCUUCUUUUAUAAUUUCGGCGACAAAUGAUACGAUUUCGUUUUACAGAACGGGCUAUGUAAACAUUUUAUUUCAGCUUAUGCUUUUGUUGAGUGAUCGAAAAGUAGAUUGCCAGACUUGUAUGUCAAGUCUCCUGCUUGUGGGAUACUCGUUGAAUUAUGUUUUUGCUUAAAAAUUUGAAGAAGAUUUUAGGAAUAUAGUUGUUGAGUUACUGGCUUAUGUAAUGUGAAAUUUAGAUUUUGU